GGGCACUGCUGGAGGCUGAAGGGCGGCUGGUGCGGGGGGCGCUGGGGCUGGCGCUGGUUGGCAUCGCCCUCAUGGUGUUGGACACGGAGCUCGCCUGGGCUGGAGUCUGCCAGUGGCCCCUGGUUCCCAUCCUGCUCCGGGGGCUGCUCUCAGCCUCCACCCUCGGACUCCUGGGUCUGAUCCUGGCUUUCCACAUCAAGGACAUCCAGCUCUACAUGCUGGAGAACGGGCUGCGGGACUGGCGUGUGGCCCUGGGGCCAGCCCGGCUGGGCCUGAUCCUGCUGGAGCUGGGGGUGUGUGCCCUGCACCCCCCACCCCCACCGCUUGGCCCCCCCCCCCCUGUCCGGCCUGGGGCUGGGCCUGGCGCUGGCCACGCUGCUGCGGCUGUACUUGGUGCCCCGCGCCGUCCUCAUGGGCACAGCGCCGGGGGCCGGGGGGGCGCUGGGGGGCCUGGGGGGGGCUGGGCCGCGUGCGGGUGCGCGGCCCCUUCGCCCUGCGCGCCCCUCCUGGCCCGGCACCCAGCCGCCCUGCUGCUGGCGCUGGCGCUGGGCGCCUGGGUCCUGAGCGCCUGGGUGCUGGCCGCCUGCGAGAGUGGUGUCCCAGGGGGCGCCGGGGGCCUGGGGGCGACACUGUGGCUGGUGCCAAUCACGUUCCUGACGAUCGGCUACGGCGACCUUGUGCCCGGCACUAUCUGUGGCCGUCUCGUCUGCCUGGUGGCUGGCAUCCUGGGCGUGGGGUGCACGGCGCUGCUCGUGGCGGUGGCAGCUGAGAAGCUGGAGUUCACGCGGGCGGAGAAGCACGUCCACAACUUCAUGCUGGGCGUGGAGUGUGCCCGGAAGAUGAAGCACACAGCAGCCACCGUCCUGCAAGAAGCCUGGCGCGUCCACCGGCACCGGCGACGCCAGGAGCCAGCCCGAGCCCGACGGCACCAGCGCCGCCUGCUCAGCACCCUGCACACGUUCCGGGAGCUUCGCCUGCAGCACCGGGCGCUGCGGGAGCAGGUGAACUCCAUGGUCGACAUCUCCAAGAUGCAGCUGGUGCUGGGUGAGAUCAGCGCAGGGCUCAGCUCCGGGCACCAGGAGCUGCGGCAGCGUUUGGACGGGCUGGAGUGGAAGCUGGAUGCCCUUGCACGGCGCCUGGGGACCCCCGGGGCCCCCCCCACCCCCCCAGGGCGGUGAGGUGGGGCUGGAAACCUCCCCCCGCAAUGUCUUGGGGUAAACCCAUAGGACAUAUUGGACCAGCCGCUACCUCCUGCAGUGUGACAGACCUCAGCGGCCCCGGGGACAUUGCAUGUAUUCGCAUGAGGGGACCCGAGCGCAAGCCCCAGGGGCAGGGUUCUGCCUUGCACGGCUUUGCACACGCAUGGUGCCCUUGUAUACUGGGCCAUGGAGCCCCACCAUGGACAGUGGAAUUUAUUGGACUGGGUUGGGUUUUUUGAAGGAGUGGUUAUUUGGUUUAUUAUGGUAGAGCCAGAUGGCAGCUACUCCACUGUGCUUACAGAGCUAUUGGGGUUAUUAAGGUAUACCACAAAGGACACCCACCCCACCCCCCCCACAAAAUAGGUACAGCUACUAGGGCCACUGUGGCAACACACACACCCCCCCCCCCCCUCCAGAAUAGGUGCAGCUAUUAGGGGCAUUGUAGUACACACACACACACGCGCGCGCGUGCGCGCACCCCCACCCCAAAAUAGGUGCAGCUAGUAGGGGCAUUGUGGUAACACACACGCACCCCCACCCCAAAAUAGGUGCAGCUAUUAGGGGCAUUGUGGUAACACCCACCCACCCCAGAAUAGGUGCAGCUAUUAGGGGCAUUGUAGUACACACACACACCCCCCCCCCCACCCCCCAGGAUAGGUGCAGCUAUUAGGGGCAUUGCGUAGCUCACUAGCGGCUACAGUAAUGCUCCUAAUGAAGGUGCAACCUUAUUGAGUGACAGCUAUGCCCAUCAUGUGUCUUAGGGCAUUAUGGUAGGGCUUACCAUAAGUUUCGCACUGGUAUGAAAAAGUGGUUGUUCUCCCUAUUAGGUGUGCAACGGUAAGGCCUAGGUGUCUACCGGAAAACACCUAAUUCAGGGUCCUUCGUUUGCACACGGGAGGGGGAGGGGAUCCUGAGCUUUGCAUUGGUCUCCUCUCCCUACUGUUUGCCUACUACCGUAAUGUGUGAAAUAGAGAUGCGCCACAGAAUGUCAUCUGGGCUGAGUGGGGGGGGCUACCAUAAAGCACCUAAUGGCUACAAGGUGGGAUUUUCGCACUUGGAGGGUAGAGGGGCGGGGGGGGGGUCGUAGUGUGGGGCCCAGUGCUGUCAGUUACCUAAUAAAUGGGCAUGCAGAUCUGUGGGGAUGGGUUUUGUACAUUAGACGAAUAUAUUUUGGGAAUAAAAGGAGCUAUUUUUGGUC